AGACCUGCUAUAAAAGACGAACAAGCGAGUCGAGUCUGGACAUCCUCAAGCUCGUCAGCCCUCAGCCUAUUCGCAGCUGAACACCUAAGUUGUCUAUCGCACUACUCAAGCAAUGAAGCUCACCCUCUCUAUCCUUGCCCUUGCGCUCGCCGCCUCGUCGGCGGUGGCCAUCCCCUUCGAGUCCCGCGACAUCGAGAUUCCCGACGACCGCGAGAACUGCGGCCUGAAGGACGCUCAGACCGCUGAGGCCGGGUCGUGCAACGCUCAGACCGCCCAGCACUGCUUCUCCGGAGGAGGAGACUGCACCUACAACCCGCAGACAAAGCGGUGCAGCAACGGUACCCUGAUGCGUGGUAAAGACGCUCCGGUCGCUUGCCUGCUCUGCCAGUGCACGGCGCGUUAAGCUGGCUCAGGCUUGAUGGACUUCCUCCUCGCCUCUGCGAUGCAGGAAAAGAGCGCUGUCUCUGGCCUUUAUACACCUCUCUCCCCCUUUCCGUAUUUAUUCUUUCCGUAUUUAUUCAUUUGUUAUUAUGUACACCCUCUCUGCGUGAAAGCAGCCGGAUCUACCUAUUUAUUGCAUUACGCGUCUUGCUUCGUGACUCCCUGUG